AAUAAAUGCACAGUAAAGAAAAAAAUUGGUAUAAAUAAAAAAUAAAUAACAGGUGGGGUAAUUAGAUAUAAUGAACAUAGACAUGAUCAAAACCAUUAAACACACAGCAGCAUAAAUUAAAGUAUUUUAUUUAUCUUGUUACAAUUUUGACUUUUACCCUAAUUUUCCGUAUUCUUGUUUCCUCACCUAGACUCUAGGUUCAUCCAUUAGCACAAUGUCUGUCUUCAAUAGUUCUGCCUUAUACCCUCGCUUCCUCCUAAUGGGCCUCUCAGGCCUUGAAAGCAGAUAUGACUUGAUUUCCCUCCCCAUCUUCUUGAUUUAUGCCACCUCAAUUGCCGGGAACAUUACCAUCCUCUUCAUUAUCAGAACUGAGUCUUCCCUCCAUCAACCAAUGUAUUACUUUCUGUCAAUGCUGGCAUUCACUGACCUGGGCCUAUCUACCACUACCUUGCCUACCAUGUUCAGUGUCUUCUGGUUCCAUGUGCAGGAGAUCUCCUUCAAUGCUUGUCUGGUCCAAAUGUACUGCAUUCACGUUUUCUCAAUUAUCGAGUCAGCUGUACUCUUGGCUAUGGCCUUUGACCGCUUUAUAGCAAUCCGAGAACCCUUGCGCUAUGCAGCCAUCCUAACCAAUGAUGUAAUCAUUGGGAUUGGGUUGGCAAUUGCUGGAAGGGCCUUGGCUCUGGUCUUUCCAGCUUCCUUCCUCUUGAAGAAGCUUCAAUAUCAUGAUGUCAAUAUUCUGUCCUACCCUUUCUGCCUGCACCAGGACCUCAUAAAGACACCUGUAUCCAACCGUCAAGUCAGCAGCAUCUAUGGCCUCAUGGUGGUCAUCUGUUCCAUGGGACUUGAUUCAGUGCUUCUCCUCCUAUCCUAUGUCCUCAUCCUGGGCACAGUGUUGAGUAUAGCCUCCAAGGCAGAGAGAGUGAGAGCCCUCAAUACUUGCAUCUCCCACAUCUGUGCUGUACUCACCUUCUAUACACCAAUGAUUGGGCUAUCUAUGAUCCACCGCUAUGGACAGAAUGCUUCCCCAAUUGUCCAUGUGCUGAUGGCCAAUGUCUACUUGCUGGUUCCACCUCUCAUGAACCCCAUUGUCUACAGUGUUAAGACCAAGCAGAUUCGUGACAGAAUCCUCAAGAAAUUCAAGAAACACGAAGCGUAGAUGACAGA